AGCUCGUGAGAGCCUUGCAGAUAAUUUUCCCGCGCUCUUCUUCGUCUUCUUCACUGUGUGAUUCCUCUGAACCUUCUGAUCGAUGCCUCCUAAAUCGGAUAGCACUGAAGGAAUUGUGCUCAAUUUCGUGAACGAGCAAAAUAGACCUUUGAAUGUUCAAAAUGUGGCCGACUUUCUGCAAAAGUUUAACCUUAAGAAAACUGCAGUGCAAAAGGCACUGGACAGUCUUGCUGACAGUGGAAAAAUAUCAUUCAAGGAGUAUGGCAAACAAAAGAUAUAUAUUGCUCGGCAAGAUCAGUUCGAUAUUCCAGAUAAUGAAGAGCUUAAUAGAAUGAAGGAAGAAAAUGCCAAGCUGCAAGAGAUGCUGGAUGAACAAAGGAGAGAAAUCAGUGAGGUUGAGGGAGAAAUUAAAGCUUUGCAAUCAAAUAUGACACUGGAAGAGAUACGUGCUAGGGAAACCAACCAAAGAAACGAGGCUGAGGAGAUGGAAAAGAAAUUGACUAAAUUGAGGGAAGGAGUCAUCCUAGUAAGCCCAGAAGAGAGAAAAGCUGUGGAGGUAUUGUAUACUGAAACAAUAAAUCAGUGGAGAAGGCGUAAGAGAAUGUUCAAAGAUAUCUGGGAUGCUAUUACUGAGAACUCACCCAAGGAUAUCAAGGAAUUUAAGGAGGAACUUGGAAUCGAGUAUGAUGAAGAUGUUGGUGUCAGUUUGCAGUCUUUUGCUGAUCUAAUGCAACAAGGAAAGAAGCGUUCUAGGGGCCAGUAAGUGUUUUUUUGGCCCAGAGGUUAUUGGAGCUUAUAUAUUCCAAAAAAAAAAACAUAUUUUCAAUAUCCUCCAGCUAGGUCAAACAAGCAUUAAUUAUAGUUGUAGCUUGCAGUUUUUUAGAAUUCUAUGGGCAUAGUGUUGUCUGAUAGAGCGAUAGAUAAUGUGGGAUUGUUUAUGGCUAAAGGAUACUGUGAGGUUGUCAAGCAUGCUACAUGUGCGGAUUUUGAAAUCAAUGGGUAUGCAAAUCUUCAUGUGUAAA